GAAUCUCUACUGGAAAGAACAAAAUAUCUAGGCAAAAGAAUCAAAGAACUUAUUGUUUUACCGAUUUAUGCCAAUCUUCCUUCCGAUUUACAAGCCAGAAUCUUUGAUCCAACGCCACUAAACGCCCGGAAGGUGGUGCUGGCCACAAACAUUGCUGAGACGUCCGUAACAAUUGAUGGAAUCAGUUACGUAAUUGAUCCCGGUUUUAGUAAACAAAAUUCGUUUGAUGCCCGAAGUGGUGUGGAACAUUUACACGUUGUUACCAUUUCAAAGGCUGCAGCUAAUCAGCGGGCUGGGAGAGCUGGUCGAACUGGUCCCGGAAAGUGUUUUCGUCUGUACACAGCCUGGGCUUAUAAAAACGAAUUGGAGGAUCAGCCUAUCCCAGAGAUCCAGCGCAUUAAUUUGGGAAAUGUUGUUUUAAUGCUAAAAAGCUUGGGAAUCCACGACUUGGUGCAUUUCGAUUAUUUGGACCCACCGCCUCAAGAAACGUUAGUGAUUGCCUUGGAGCAAUUGUACGCGCUUGGAGCGCUGAAUCAUCGCGGCGAACUGACGAAAUUGGGACGACGAAUGGCCGAGUUUCCGUGCGAUCCGUGCAUGAGCAAAAUGAUUAUUGCAUCAGAAAAGUACUUUUUUUAUCUUUUAUUUUUUUUAGCAAACAUUACGAAACCUGAUGGGCUGGGCGUAUCAUUCGCGUUUUUGAUAAGCACUGAGCAUCACAUGCUGGGGAAUGCACACGAUCUGUGA